AAAGCUGGUUUUUGCCCUUUAACGUUGCAAAAAAAAAAAACAAAAACAGAAACAGUUUGGCAGUUUUAUCUUUACUCCAAACCACAAUUUUGAAAGGCGUGGUGAUAUAAACUUCGAAAUACUCUUACGCAACCGUUAUUAACCUAACUUAAAAAAUGUUCGGUUUUUUUUUUCUUUUUUCAAAAAAAAAGCGCUCUCACUCUGUCGCGUUUAUCGAAAGCGGCAUAGGCGCGGCGCGCAGCUCGCGUUUACCGGAAGUUGGGUGACUCGCGCGUGCGCCGGCAAGAUAAACACGACGGCGCUCAUUUUACACAGAGAAAGAAAGGUACACAAUGUCUCAGUUUGAGCUUGAACCUGUGGAUGGGGACACUUCCAUACCUCUACCAGAGGGGGAAACAAAGCUGGGAAGGGGUCCUUUCCUUGGGAUCAAUGAUAAAAGAGUGUCCAGACAUCAUUGCCUGUUAGAGAACCGACUUGGACAACUGCGCAUCAAACCGACACAUGUGAAUCCCUGUUUCUGCCAGCCUUCUCUGGAGGACUCCCCACAGCCCCUAGAGAAGGACCGGUGGCAUUCACUCCAUCCUGGUGACCUCUUCUCCCUUCUGCCAGGGAAACACAUCUUCAGGGUAGUCUCCACCGGCUUGGACAACACUCAGAGAAAUAGCCAAGCUUACGAGGAGGGAGAGGCUUUCACGAAGAGUCCAGACUGCAAUGGCAAGAGCAAUUCAGUCAUACCCAAUAUCAGGGAGCAGGACAAACAAACGGUUGUAAGAAACCAAAACGAAGAGGAAAACUCUUUGAAACAGGCCGGCAGUGUGGACUCAAGCAGCAAAACAGAGGGUAGGCCCAGAUUCGAGGAGAGGAAGCGAGUGCUGCCUGCGUGGAUGAUGCAAACUGCCACAGAUGUCCAGAGUCCUACUGCUCAAAAAGAAAUUGGAAAGCGGGGCAGAGAAAAAGCAAGCCCUUCCCAUUCCCAGAAACAAAAGUCCAAGCAGACUAGGCGCAGAGCCAUAUCUUCAGGAGAGGAGUCUGAGCUGAGUGAAGAAGAAGAGAGGAACAGGAAGAAAGCAAAGAGAAAAAAGAUUGACAAAGGAGAAGAGCCUCAACCCAAGCCCGCUCCCUCGGCAGUCCUGAAAAGGAGACGGCAAGUGAAGGCCAUUCAGGAUAAGGAGAGUGAAGAGUCUCAUAGUGCAAUGGUGAAUUGCAGCACUGAGAAGGGAGAAGAGGGAAGCACUGGAAAGAAUACGGUGAAACCCAGCACCUCAAGAUGCAGAAGAGAAAAGUCCACGGAAAGGACGGAACAGGAGGAUCAGCUCCAAAGUACGAGUGAUGGGGCGAGAAGGAAAGAAAACAGCAUAUCGUCAGGAGAAUCAGCGAGUAGCUCACAUUCCACACUAGCCAAGCCUCGGCUGCGGACCCCCUGUCCCUAUGCAAAAAGAUGCUACAGGAAAAACCCAGUUCAUUUUCAGGAAUGCAGCCACCCUGGGGACAGUGACUAUGAGGAGGAGGAGGAGGAUGCAGUUGAGGAUGAUAAGGAAGAUGAUGACAGACCUGAGUGUCCAUAUGGAACCAGCUGUUACAGGAAAAACCCACAACACAAGAAGGAAUACAAACACACUAAGGAUCCUGCAGCAUGUGCAAAUCAGAUUUGUCCAUCUGUCAUCCAGGGAAAAAGCUUUCAUCAAGGGGAAAUGAUGUGGAGCAGGAUGAUGAAGACAGCUUCAUUGAUGAUGAGAGUGAAGAUCUUGAUGAAGAUUCAGAUUAUGUUCCAUCAGAGUCUGAUGACAGUGUGAAACUGAAAAGACAAAAGGCAGCAUUUUUGAGGAAGUGAACAUAAUUAAGAUGUUUUACCCUGGCAACCAUCAGUUUGAAUGUAAAAAUGAAAUCAAAGUGACUUUUAUAACUGUGAAUUUUUGUUGCUAUUUAAAAAAAAAAACAAUUAAAAAAAUUUAAAAUGUGGUAGUUAUGGUUUUGAUAAAUCUCAACCCUUAAUUGCCCCACUGAAAACUAUCCAACUGUAUAUGUUGUAAAUAUACAUUGUAAGUAAAUCAUUGUAUGUAUCUUAACUUUGUAAAUCACUUUGGAGAAAGUGUCAGCUAAGUACUACUUGUCUUCAAUCAGUCCAUGUAGUAUUUUUAUUAUACUUUAAGGAUAUUAAAAGUUAAGUUAAAAUUAAUAUUUUAAGGUUAUGAAAAGUUUAGCCAGGGAACACUAUCUUAAAAUUUGUGAUGUAUUCAUGACUGGGUUCAUUCCAGCAUCUGGAAAACCUUUUUUUCUGGUUUCUUGUUUUUCCAUUAUUAAAUAAA